AUUUCUCUUCAGCAGCUAAUUAAAACUUAAGUUUUUACCUUAGAAAAUCUGGUUGACUAGAAAUUUCUUCUCCGGGAGUGUAUAUACGAGGUGAUGCAUGCGCUACUGUGAGAUCUUUCAUUUCGUUCGGAAUAUAGUUUAUGGUUCAGAUUUUUGUCAUCUCUACCCUCUACCUCUUCACAUAAGAAUUUUACAUACAUUAGAAUUACAGCCGUACACACAGUAUUUGACAAUGGAAGAUUUUAUUCCAACACGAGUAUCAAAAGUGAAGAAAGAUGCUAUAAAGGGAUUUGUCUCUGUUAGUUAUGAAAAACCCACUAAAAAAAGGAAAGAUAAUGUAAUGAAAGGUGAAGAAGGUGAAGAAAGAAACAAACUUCCAAAUUCUAGGUUUAACAUAGCAACUAAUAAACUAGAGGAAGGUAGAGAUCAAAAGAAAGAACAAGAACGUGAAAUGAAACGUAUUAGGUACGAAGUUAUGAAAUUUGGUAUGUCUGGUUUUGAGAAAUUAAAAGCGGAAGAAGCAAAAGUUGGUCUUGCUAUAAGUUUGGGUGCAAAACCUCCUAAGAAAAAGGGGAUUAAUUACAAAGAGUUAAAAGAGAAAAAAAAGAAUAGAGAACAAAGCAUAAAACACGUAUCAGGACUCGAUAAAAGUCUUAUAAAACAUAAGACUAAGAAGAUUCGUAAAAAGAAUUCCAAUGAUAUAUUAGGAGUUUAUGGAAAAGUGAGCAAGAAAUCGGGUAAAAGUAAGAAAUGAACUUCCAAUUGUAAACAUUUAAAAUAUUUUUAGUCAUUUUUUCAGUUGCUACAACAUUUGGUAGUUGUAUACAAGAACAACGCGUUCUAUGUAUCGUAUAACUAACAAGUAAUAAAAUAAUAUUUUUAUGUA